AUGACAUGGCACAACCCGACUCCUACACACGAGCAAAAUCAUCGCCAUGACUUCGCAAAGAGACUGGACUGGACCCAAGCGGUGCAUCGGAUCCGCCGAGCGCAGGCCACCCUGCGAGAAAGCUGGACGUCAGGCGCGGUGCCUGUCGAGGAAGAGAUCGCGAUGCGCGCCAAAUUCGCCGAACUGCUUUCCAAUGCAUUUGAAGUCCUGGGAGAUAUGGCAGACCUCACUGAUUGCAUCGAACACCUCGAGACCAUUGUGAGACGGCUUGGCCCACCAUCUCCCGCCCGCGCAGAGUAUCUCGACAAGCUAGCCUAUAUGAAAAUGUCCGCGUUCAAGACCACAAGCUCCGUGCGAGACCUCGAGGAAUCGAUCAGAUACGAUCAGCAGGCAAAAGACGAGGUUGACCCCGCUGAUCGCGCACUCCUGUGUCGCAUAUACCACAAUCUCGGAUACAACUUGUCGCACCGGGCGCAGCUGGGUCCCGCGCGCCCAUCCGAUAUCGACGAGGCUAUUACUUGUGGGCAGAUGGUGCUGAAAUUGGCUGCCACGGAUAGCGAGGAGUAUGCAGCCACUUUGAUGAAUUUGGUAUCGCGCUUUCAGGUGCGGUUCGAGAGGGACAACCGCGAGGAGGACAGACAGAGUGCCCUCGAGCUGAUCCAACUGCGGCUGAAGCUCGACACCCCAGAGACGCUCUCGUACGCGUAUACUCGCCUUGCGCAAGGCAGACUGGCACACCUCGGUUCCGAUGAUAUAGAUGGCAUUGAUGACGGGAUCGCCCGAGCUAAAGACGUCCUGCGUCUGAUGCCACUGAAACACGAGGGUCGCAUUGACGUGCUCAAAGAAAUCCUGGUGAAGUAUGAGCGUAGGUAUAAGAAGUUAAACGAGCGAUCCGACCUCAUUGCCGCCGUGGAGUACUCUGAUUUCAUCCUUGAGGCUGUCCCGCCCGGAUACCCGAGCCGACUCGAUUGGGCCGUCCAACACUUGGCUCUGAUUGCAGAGCUAGCUGUGUCUAGUCAAUCGAUAGACGAACUUGAUACUAUCAUCGAACAGGCAUGCCGACUACGAGAGGAAAUUCCGACCAGCCACGCGAAACGGCACCCAAGUGGGCUGGCGGUUGGAGCGAUCAUCGCACAGAAGUACCUCCUCUCGAAACACCUUGACAGCUUCCACAUGCUAGUCAGCCACGCGAUUAGAACGCUCCAUCCACGCUUGGCUGAGCUGGAUCGGGAAAUUCAGGGCGUACAGUUUCACCUGCGGAAGUUGCCUUCGGAGGAGUUGAUGUUGGGCGUGGAAUAUGGGCUCAAGACAGUUGGGGGUAUUCGACUUCUGACACCAGUGAGCCAGGAUGCACUGCGUCAGAGCUAUCCGGAAGACAUGGGAAAGCAGCUCGCAAAUACGGCUAAACUGCGGCAAUGGCUCAACAGCUGUGACUACAACCAUGGUCGAAUUUGCAACGGUGUUCUGAGUGAUUCCCGUUUCAGCCAAGACAUCAACCUAAUACUCGUCGAUGUCCGGGACCGCUGUCUGGUUCGGGCAACUUCUGCGGACAAGUAUUUUGCCCUUAGUUAUGUCUGGGGUGAAGUGCAGAUGCCUUCUUCACGGCGAAGCACUCUUGAAGUGCGACUUCAACCUCAGUCCCUGAACGAGAAGGGGCUGGACCUACCCACUACAGUGGUAGACGCCAUGCUACUCGUGGAGUCACUAGGAGAGCGCUAUCUCUGGGUUGAUGGGCUGUGCAUCAUCGAAGACGAGGAGGGUGACAAGACAAACAACGUCAACACCAUGGAUAUCAUUUACGGCAAGUCGUUCGCGACGAUCAUGGCUAUACACGGGACAGAUGCCAACGCCGGACUACCUGGUGUGCGGCCAAAUUCUAGGGCGCCGCAACAUACGGAGUCCAUUGUGGUGUCUAGCAGAUAUCGAGACCACCUGGGAUAUGAGGCCGGUCCGCCUGGUGAUACUACGGAGAACAUAACCGUCGUCGCCACACCAGCGCCACUAAAGCUAGCCUUGGAGGCCUCUACCUGGAAAUCGCGCGGUUGGAUCUUGCAAGAAGCACUGCUCUCCCGUCGACGUCUAUACUUUACUAAAGAUUGGGUGUACUUCCAAUGCAACAAAGAAACCCAGUGCGAGGCUCCUCUUGCUGAAUCAGAACAAGCUGAGUUCCUCAAUCGACCAGUGCCACUUGCGUCUUCGACGCGAUCUAAGAACCCUCUGAUGGAGCUCAAAGAGAUCACACCAUCUACAGCAGAGACAGACCUCCGCCGAAUAUUCGGGAUAUACAAGGAACUUGUGGAAAUCCUGUUCGACCUCGCCCUCUUCUGGUGCCCCGCCGAACCACUCUUCCGCCGGCCCUCCUCCGAAGCCAGCUACCGCACGAACCUCGAGACGGUCGCCUCCCUAAUUGAAAUGUCUCGGAAGCACGGUAUCAAAUACAGACUGACACCAGCCCAGAACGAGCCGCCCUCGUUAUUCCCCAGCUGGUCAUGGGCAGGAUGGGUCGGCCCUAUCGAGUACCGGCUUACCAACCUUGAAAACGAGCCGCUGCCGACCCCCUCAGUCGACACAUUUUCGAUCUACCACUAA